CCCGGCGCGGCCGUCGGGCUGCCCCAUGGUCUUGCGGGGGCCGUGGGGGAGCCGCGGGGGCCCCGGCGCGGCGCUCGCCCUCCUGCGCGCCCUCCGCACUAGGAUGUUGCGGCAGGUCUUGCACAGGGGGCUGGGGACGUCCUUCUCCCGGCUCGGCCACUUCGUCGCCAGCCACCCGGUGUUCUUCGCCUCGGCGCCCGUGCUCAUCUCCAUCCUGCUGGGCGCCAGCUUCAGCCGCUACCAGGUGGAGGAGAGCGUGGAGCACCUCCUGGCCCCCACGCACAGCCUGGCCAAGAUCGAGAGGAACCUGGUGGACAGCCUCUUCCCGGUGAACCGCUCCAAGCACCGGCUCUACUCCGACCUGCAGACGCCGGGGAGGUACGGCAGGGUGAUCAUCACCUCCUUCCGCAAGGCCAACAUGCUGGACCAGCACCACACCGAUCUCAUCCUCAAGUUGCACUCUGCUGUGACCAGGAUCCAAGUGCAAAGACCUGGUUUCAAUUACACGUUUGCCCAUAUAUGUAUCCUGAACAAUGACAAGACAUGCAUAGUGGACGACAUAGUGCAUGUGCUGGAGGAAUUAAAGGCUGCUCGUUCUUCUAAUCGAACUAAUUUUGCAAUCACUUAUCCGAUUACUCACUUAAAGGAUGGCAGGGAAGUGUAUAACGGGCAUCAGCUUGGUGGGGUUACUGUGCACAGCAAAGACCGGGUGAAGUCUGCAGAAGCCAUUCAGCUCACCUACUACUUGCAGGCAAUCAACUCCUUGAAUGACAUGGUGGCAGAAAAGUGGGAAUCCAUUUUUUGUGACACUGUUGAACUUUUCCAGAAAUCCAACAGGAAAGUCAAAAUGUACCCUUUCACUUCUUCUUCGCUAAAGGAGGAUUUCCAGAAGACGAGCAGGGUGUCAGAACGCUACCUGAUCACAAGCUUGGUCCUUGUGGUCACCUUGGCCAUUCUCUGCUGCUCCAUGCAGGAUUGUGUCCGCAGCAAACCCUGGCUUGGCCUGCUGGGAUUGCUGACCGUGACCCUUGCCACCCUGACUGCAGCUGGGAUCAUCAAUCUCACUGGUGGGAAAUACAAUUCCACCUUCCUGGGGAUCCCCUUCGUCAUGUUAGGUCAUGGGUUAUAUGGGACAUUUGAAAUGUUGUCCUCCUGGAGAAAAACUAGAGAAGACCAACAUGUUAAAGAGAGGACUGCAGCCGUAUUUGCAGACUCCAUGCUCUCGUUUUCUCUCACCACUGCCAUGUACCUGGUCACUUUUGGAAUAGGUGCCAGCCCCUUCACUAACAUUGAAGCAGCCAGGAUUUUCUGCUGCAAUUCCUGUAUUGCAAUUUUCUUCAACUACCUCUAUGUACUCUCCUUUUAUGGUUCCAGCCUGGUGUUUACUGGCUACAUAGAAAACAACUACCAGCAUAGUAUCUUCUGUAGAAAGGUACCAAAGCCAGAGGUAUUGCAAGAGAAGCCUGCAUGGUAUAGGUUUCUUCUGACAGCCAGAUUCAGCGAGGACACGACGGAUUCAGAGGAAACGAACACCUACGAGAGUCAUCUUUUGGUGUGGUUCCUUAAACGUUAUUAUUGUGACUGGAUAACAAACACUUAUGUCAAGCCUUUUGUAGUUCUCUUUUACCUUGUUUAUAUUUCCUUUGCCUUAAUGGGCUACCUGCAGGUCAGUGAAGGGUCAGACCUGAGCAACAUCGUAGCGACCGCCACACGGACCAUUGAGUAUACUACUGCCCAGCAGAAGUAUUUCAGCAACUACAGCCCAGUGAUUGGGUUCUACAUCUACGAGUCAAUAGAGUACUGGAACACCAGUGUCCAGGAGGACGUGCUGGAGUAUACCAAGGGCUUUGUGAGGAUAUCUUGGUUUGAGAGCUACUUAAAUUACCUUAGGAAACUCAACAUAUCUACUGGAUUGCCCAAGAAAAAUUUCACUGAUAUGUUGAGGAACUCCUUCUUGAAGGCCCCUCAAUUUGCCCAUUUUUCAGAGGAUAUCAUCUUUUCCAAGAAAUACAACAAUGAAGUCGAUGUUGUGGCCUCCAGGAUGUUCUUGGUGGCCAAGACAAUGGAAACCAAGAGAGAAGAACUUUACGACCUCCUGGAGACCCUGAGGAAGCUCUCUCUCACCUCCAAGGUGAAAUUCAUCGUUUUCAAUCCAUCAUUUGUGUACAUGGAUCGUUAUGCCUCUUCAGUGGGAGCCCCCUUACAAAACUCCUGCAUUAGUGCUUUAUUUCUGCUCUUCUUCUCUGCAUUCCUGGUGGCAGACUCUCUGAUCAAUGUCUGGCUCACUCUAACUGUUGCCUCAGUUGAGUUCGGAGUUAUAGGUUUUAUGACCUUGUGGAAAGUGGAACUAGAUUGUAUUUCUGUGUUGUGCUUAAUUUACGGAAUUAAUUACACAAUUGACAACUGUGCUCCACUGUUAUCAACCUUUGUCCUGGGCAAAGAGUUCACAAGAACUAAAUGGGUGAAAAAUGCCCUGGAAGUGCAUGGGGUAGCUAUUUUGCAGAGCUACCUCUGCUAUAUUGUUGGUCUGAUUCCUCUUGCAGCUGUGCCUUCAAAUCUGACCCGUACACUGUUCAGGUGCUUGUUUUUAAUAGCAUUAGUCACCUUCUUUCACUGCUUUGCCAUUUUACCUGUGAUAUUGACUUUCCUGCCACCGUCCAAGAAGAAGAGGAAAGAGAAGAAGAAUCCUGAAAACCGUGAGGAAAUAGAGUGUGUAGAAAUGGUGGAUAUGGAUAGCACCCGAGUGGUUGACCAAAUUACAACAGUCUAACUUGUUUGUUUGUUGCUUUUUUACACUAGGUCUUACUUAGAAAAAAAAAAAAAAAAAAAAAAGUAAAAAAAAAAAAAGAAACCAGUGCUGACUCAGUAUCUGGGGAAAGAAAGGGGUUUGGAGGUUUCUACUCCCCUCUCUAAGCUAAAUCCAGGAAUAUUCAAAACAAUGGGAGAAAUU